ACAGGGUGCAUCUAAUAGAUGAUGAUCUGUCAUAUGAGGAUGUCAAGAAAUGCUACCGUGGUUCUAUGGUGUAGUUGCAGCAUCUACCAGCAGGGACUAAUGGGAACAUGCUAACUAGCUAAACAUUGACCUUGACUAAAUGUUAUCUCAAAAGUUUCUAGCCUGAGAUCUGACAAACAAAUCUUUUUUAUACAAACACGAUUCAAAAAAGUUGGGACACUGUACAAAUUGUGAGUAAAAAAAGGAAUGGAAUAAUUUACAAAUCUCAUAAGCUUAUAUUUUAUUCACAAUAGAAAAUAGAUAACAUAUCAAAUGUUGAAAGUGAGAAAUUUUUAAAUGUCAUGACAAAUAUUGGCUCAUUUUGGAUUUCAAGAGAACUACACAUUCCAAAAAAGUUGGGACAGGUAGCAAUAAGAGGCUGGAAAAGUUAAAUGUACAUAUAAGAAACAGCUGGAGGACCAAUUUGCUACUUAUUAGGUCAAUUGGCAACAUGAUUGGGUAUAAAAAGAGCCUCUCAGAGUGGCAGUAUCUCUCAGAAGUCAAGAUGGGCAGAGGAUCACCAAUUCCCCCAAUGCUGCGGCGAAAAAUAGUGGAGCAAUAUCAGAAAGGAUUUCUCAGAGAAAAAUUGCAAAGAGUUUGAAGUUAUCAUUAUCUACAUUGCAUAAUAUAAUCCAAAGAUUCAGAGAAUCUAGAACAAUCUCUGCGUUAGGGUCAAGGCCGAAAAACCAUACUGGAUGCCUGUGAUCUUCUGGCCCUUAGACUUCACUGCAUCAUAUACAGGAAUGCUACUGUAAUGGAAAUCACAACAUGGGCUCAGGAAUACUUCCAGAAAACAUUGUCGGUGAACACAAUCCACUGUGCCAUUCACCAUUGCCGGCUAAGACUCUAUAGGUCAAAAAAGAAGCCAUAUCUAAACAUGAUCAAGAAGCGCAGGCGUUUUCUCUGGGCCAAGGCUCAUUUAAAAUGGACUGUGGCAAAGUGGAAAACUGUUCUGUGGUCAGACGAAAUCAAAAUUUGAAGUUCUUUUUGGAAAACUGGGACGCCAUGUCAUCCGGACUAAAGAGGACAAGGACAACCCAAGUUGUUAUCAGCGCUCAGUUCAGAAGCCUGCAUCUCUGAUGGUAUGGGGUUACAUGAGUGCGUGUGGCAUGGGCAGCUUACACAUCUGUAAAGACACCAUCAUUGCUGAAAGGUAUAUCCAAGUUCUAGAACAACAUAUGCUCCCAUCCAGAUGUCAUCUCUUUCAGGGAAGACCUUGCAUUUUCCAACAUGACAAUGCCAGACCACACACUGCAUCAAUUACAACAUCAUGGCUGUGUAGAAGAAGGAUCCGGGUACUGAAAUGGCCAGCCUGCAGUCCAGAUCUUUCACCCAUAGAAACCAGUAAGACCUAAGACAGUUGAGCAACUAGAAGCCUGUAUUAGACAAGGAUGGGACAACAUUCCUAUUCCUAAACUUGAGCAACUUGUCUCCUCGGUCCUCAGAGUUUGCAGACUGUUAUAAAAAGAAGAGGGGUGCCACACAGUGGUAAACAUGGCCUUGUCCCAACUUUUUUUGAGAUGUGUUGAUGCCAUGAAACUUAAAAUCAACUUAUUUUCCCAUUAAAAUUAUACAUUUUCUCAGUUUAAACAUGUGAUAUGUAAUUUAUGUUGUAUUCUGAAUAAAAUAUUGAAAGGUGAAACUUCCACAUCAUUGCAUUCUGUUUUCUUUCACAAUUUGUACAGUGUCACAACUUUUUUGGAAUCGGGUUUGUACAACCAGUGCUGUUUUCUGAGAAAUAAACAUAUCCGUCUUCAGCUAUCAUGAGGUGGAAAAGGCACCACAUUUACAGAAUUUGGUGUUCUGGUGGUUUUUAGUACUCCUGUGUCCUAGCAGAGUAACAUUCAACCCAUUAAUCACUUAAUAUAUUGGAGUAUGUUUUAAAAGACAAUAAUAUUCCAGUCUUUGUGCUUGAAAUUUUCAGGUUUAAUUCAAUGUGUGACUUGUUGGUUUUGUGUAAUUAUUUGUGUAAAAUUCAUAGAAAUUGCUGAGCAAAUAUUGUUUGUUUUUUCAGUGUAGGAACAUGUUCCAGUAACAUUUGGAACAUGACGUCACACAGACAGGCAUCUGAGAUCAGUUUGAUUUGAGAAAGGGGAAAUGAUUUAACAAGAUUUUUUAAAAACCACUGCGUGGAUUUUUAUCACUAUAUGGUGGUUGUGUACACACACUGCCGACACACAUUUCAGUUCAAACAACUUGUAAAAGUACAUGUAACAUCUGAUGACCCUUUUAAGUGUAAAUAUGUUUUGGGUCUCUGUACAAAUGAUUCUGGUGCCUGUCUUUGAGUUAUCAGUUUGAUUUCAGACUAGAUUCUGUGACCACAGCUUUGCUACUCAGGAAGUUUAAAUCAAAGAUUAGCUCUGCACCUCCAGGCCUAUAGCCUUGGUUAUAGAAUUAAGAUAUAUUGCUUUUUAUCACAGCUUACAAACAGACAAGCAGGGUUAAACAGUUGACUGGAUCAGCUCAUCUACAUAAUGAACAUCCAUCAUCCUAAUGAUCUGUUGUGCAUCGGUGUGCUCUGAAACGCUCUGAGCUGCAGGAAGCAAGAGUGAGAGAGUGCCAGUGAAGAUAAAUCUGCUAGAAACAAGCCCACAAGUUUUUCCAUCAACGUGCAGUGGGUGUUUCUGCUCUGUGCCUGUGACGGGGCAGUGAAGAAAAAGAAAGAGAGAGAGAGAGAGAUGCUUCUGAAGUAAGAAGAAACGCUGUGUUAGCUCACAGGAAGCGGACGAAGCUAAGUUGGCUCUUGUGUCCCGGGACAGUGGAAAGGAACAGAGUAUCUGCGAAGCUGCCUCUCGAUUGGUGUGGAGUGUUUGUGUCGUGUCAGCAUGCUCAGCUUGGUGCAGAGCUCACAUCCCUUACGAGAAAGAGCCAGGCUGCAGAAGAGCUGUGCGAAGCAGCUGAUUUCUCUUUCCUCUGCUUCCUCACAGACCGUCAGCAAGUACAAUGCGCAGUACCACAAGCUUUUCCAGAGCGUUCCCAAAGAAGAGCUCCUGAUGAAAGUUUACUCCUGUGCCCUGCUGCGAGACAUCCUGCUGCAAGGCCGACUCUACAUCUCUCGAAACUGGCUGUGUUUCUACGCCAACCUCUUUGGUAAAGACAUCAAGGUGGCCAUUCCUGUUGCGUCCGUGCGGUUGGUGAAGAAACAUAAGACAGCAGGUCUGGUUCCUAAUGGCUUGGCUAUCACCACAGACAGCAGUCAGAAGUACGUGUUUGUAUCUCUGCUGUCCAGAGAUAGCGUCUAUGAUGUGUUGAGACGCAUCUGCACACAUCUACAGGUCAAUGGGAAGAAGAUCCUAAGUCUCAAGCAGUACAUGGAGGAACCCAACUCUUUAUCUCUGGAUGAGUUCCCUGUCCCUGAAGUUUUCCCAGUACCAGAUGAGUUUCCUCCAGUGCUGAAGUGGAGGAGGAAGCCGUCAGUUGUGUCUGUGGCUUCUUCUCUUCCUGACUUACUGGGAAACUCCACUGGCAGCCUGAAUGCUGUAGAUGCCCCCUUCCAAACAGACAAGCCUCUGGAGGAUCAAAGUCUGGAAACCAAGAAGAUCCUCCUGACAGAAACGAUACCAGAACUGGGUCAGAUGGAGUACCAGCUACUGAAAUUCUUCAUCUUGCUCAUUAUCCUGCUCAUCCUGUCGUCGUGUUACCUGGCCUUUCGUGUCUGCAGCCUGGAGCAGCAGCUCUCUUUCCUCAGUAACAACCCUGCACUGACUCUCAGAGAGAGGUAACUACUGACGGUCACCACUGCACUUUACAGAGAAGUCGGUCCAGCGCUGGCGCUCUCUCUCUCUCUCUGUGGCCACCUUGCAACUAUGCAAACAAACUCUCUUAUGUAUUAAUGCAAAGUUCAUCUCAGAUUGUGUUAACAAUGAGCCUGACUUAAGAACAGAAGACUGGAAGUGUUCUCACACAGUCAUUCUGUGUUACUGGAUCCAAGCAGAAAGGACUCGACUGUCCUACACAGAAUAUAGACUGCAAGUCCUGUUUAUUACAGUGAUGGAAUAUUAUAGAAGGCUCUGUUUCCACCAACAAAAACUCUUCUUGUGGUCACUUGUCACCUAAUAAGGACAAAUGUAUCAAUCGCUUUACAUCAAAUCAGCUGAAUGACUUUCCAUAGGUUAUAAAUAUCUUGAAUGUGUAUAGCUCAGGAUCUAAUGCAGUACAUUAAGAUAAGAUUAUUUUAUUUAUUUAUAUGCAAGCCACUUGCCAUGUUCUAGCUCUUCCAAUAGGAUUUAGAAGACAGCAUCAUGAAAAUAUCUAAUAUGUGUGAUCAGGUCGUCAUCAGUCUUACUGUGUUUUCACAGCUUGAUCGGCUCGAGUCAGUGACCUGGGCAAAAUGUUUAUGGCAUAUUGAAUGUUUAGUCGAGUAAAUUUUGAAGCUGUAGAAUUCAUGGACAAUAAAAUGUUAUUUUAAUUUUCAUGUA